CGAUUUGUGGGGUUUGGGUUGGGUUCAAAUAGACCCCGGUCGUCCGCUCCGCUUUGCCAGAUGUCUGCUCCCUGAUCUCUUUGGAAGGAGCUGUCUGCUCUGGAACCUGGCCGCCCGACAUGUCCGAACCAACCCAGGUCGUCACGAGGGCCUCAGCUGCAGUGCUGGACGCACUCAACAAUCCCCGUUUGAGCCUGCUCAAAAACAUUCUUCUGGUGGUGUUCCUGCACCAGGCUGCCCGCCAAGCGUACCGGCUGGUCUUUGUCCGCGGUGUCUCGGCCUCGUGGCAGCAGUUUUCCAAGGAACUCAUAAAGUGGUCGAUCAAGAUCAUCCGAGCCACUGUCCCGGGCGUGGAUGCAAAGAUCAAGAAGGAAAUCGAGAAGGCUGUCAAGUCAAUCGAGAGCAAGAAUGCACCCGACGUCCCUGGUGAGGUCAAGUACCUCACACUUCCGACCGAGGGCUUGACUGACGGGGUGCUCCGAGGCGAACUCAGGCGCUACAAGGGCCUGGAAAGCGAUGAGUGGAAGUCCGGCAAGAUAUCCGGCGCCAUCUACCACUCGGUCGAGUCGCUCAAUCAGCUCACAACCGAAACGUACGGGAUGUUUGGGCUGGCCAACCCCCUUCACCCGGAAGUCUUCCCAAGCGUCCGCAAGAUGGAGGCCGAGGUCAUUGCCAUGGUCCUGAACAUGCACCAUGCUCCGGCCGAGGCAUGCGGAAGCGUGACCUCUGGCGGCACCGAGAGUCUUCUCAUGGCCGUCAAGACCUACCGUGACAUGGCCCGGGAGCUGCGCGGAGUUACAGAGCCCGAAAUGGUCGUUCCUGUGACAAUCCACGUCGCUUUCGACAAGGCUGCCCAAUACUUUGGUGUCAGGAUCAUCCACAUCCCAGUCGACCCAGUCACCUUCCAAGUCGAUGUUCGCAAGAUGGAUCGUGCCAUCAACCGAAACACCAUCAUGAUUGCCGGAUCGACUCCAAACUAUCCUUACGGCACCAUGGAUGACAUUCCCGCCCUUGGUCGGCUCGCAGAGAAGCACAAAGUGCCCUUCCACGUCGACAACUGUCUCGGCAGUUUCCUGACCACCCACCUGGAAAAGGCCGGUCUCCCAGUGCCGUACCUGAUCGACUUUCGAGUGCCCCAGGUGACUUCGAUUUCGUGCGACACGCACAAAUAUGGAUUCGCUCCAAAGGGAACCAGCGUCCUCAUGUACCGCUCCAAGGAGAUUCGCAACUACCAGUACUUUUUCCAGACAGAGUGGCCCGGUGGCAUCUAUGCUUCUCCUUCGACGGCUGGCUCCCGAGCCGGCUCUCUCAUUGCCUGUUGUUGGACGACGCUGCUCAGCCUUGGCGAGCGCGGUUAUAUUGAGGCGACCAAGCAGAUCGUCGGUAACGCUCACAAGAUCGCCGAUGGCAUCCGCAGCAUCCCCCUGCUCCAGGUCAUGGGCACACCCUACUCCUCGGUCGUUGCCUUCCAGAGCGCGGACGAUACCAAGCUCAGUAUCUAUGGCGUCGCCGACCUUCUCUCGAAGCGAGGAUGGCACCUCACGGUCCUGCAGUUCCCCAAGGCUAUCCAUAUUGCCUGCACUCUCCUGACCACGGAUGAAACCGUAGCCACAUUGCUCAAGGACAUCCGCGAGGUCAUCGACAUCCUGGAAAAGAAUCCCGAGGCCGGCAACGGAGAGAUCGCAGCCAUAUAUGGCUCCGCGGCUACCGUUCCCGACCGAACGGUCGUCAGCGACAUCUGCAAGGGCUUCCUCGAUAGCCUCACCAAGGCCUAGACAGUCGACACCAAUCUGAACAUUGACCUGAACAUCGAUCUGAACGUCGAUCGCGGUGAAAUGGAGUGGCUUGCUGCUGUUCUCCAAUCCCCCCCCCUCUCACUUCAUCCUCGGACCCGCAAUCACAAUCUCAAGCUGCCUCCUCCAUCCCAAUUCGAGCUUCACUCUUCCACAAGCGUUUUUGUCUGUUCCAACUCUUACUUGUAGCCCUCAUAUUCCGCCUUGACUUGCCGGUAACCAACCCUUUGCUCGUGCUGUUGUGAUGACUCGUGAAAUGGAAUCGGACUGAUGCGGCGGCAAAUGAGACGAUUUGCACGUUGGCAGAGCUCCCCAGUUGGUACCAACGAUCUCAUCUCGAAUACAACACAGCCCUGUGAAAUA